AUGGCCAUAAUUUAUGAUCCAAAGAAAACAGAACACUUCUUUGCAUUUGAUGGAGCUAAGGAAAGACUUCAUUUGUUCAAAGCUAAUUUAUUGGAAGAAGGAUCUUUUGAUUCUGCAGUUGCUGGAUGUGAAGGUGUUUUUCAUACAGCAUCUCCACUACUUCUUUCAGCCACUGAUCUACAGGCAGAAUUAAUUGAUCCAGUAGUGAAGGGAACAAUUAAUGUUCUUAGAUCAUGUGCAAAAGUUCCUUCUGUCAAGAGAGUGAUUUUAACAUCCUCCAUGGUUGCAGUCACAUAUAAUGGAAAACCUCUGACCUUUGAUGUGGUAGUUGAUGAGACCUGGUUUUCAGAUGCACUGUUUUGUGAGAAAUUGAAGAGUUGGUAUAUGGUUUCAAAAACUUUAGCUGAGGAAGCUGCUUGGAGAUUUGCAAAAGAGAACGAAAUUGAUUUGGUUUCAAUAAAUCCAGGGUUUGUGAUUGGUCCUUUUCUACAACCAACUCUUAAUUUUACCACAGAGGAGAUUCUGAAACUUAUAAAUGGUACUCUUUACUCUUGAGCAAC